UCUACAUCCAGCCGACCGAUCCGACCGAGCGAACGAACGGAUGCCGAGCGCGGAAAAUGUCAAGCGCAAAAAUACAACGCACGCGGAGGAUGCACACACGAGAUGCAGCUAUACCACUACAUAGCUAGCUUGGUGUGAAUUGGCUAGACAGCGUUCUCAAUUUCAACAGCGGGUCGCGGUGAAAACAAAACACAACAAAAAGACAUCUGCGGAAGACGGGCCGAGAGGAAAAUAAACCAGAAGGAUUCACCGGCCUUUGCUUAGGCAUUCCCAGCCGUCUGCUACCGCUCUCCACGCCGCCUGCAAUUUGAUCUGGACUACGGCAGGCCGACUGCGGCGCAUAAGUGCACGGUAAAAUGUGGCUGACCAUGGCAUCGGUGUUCAGAUUGAUCUCGCGACAAGGCACCCGACUAUUUCCUAUCACCCCGAUGCAGAUUGUCGGUAUAGUGCUCUGCCUUGUCAGUAUGGUAGAGGGAGGUGUACCCGCAGCACCACGUAACCUGACCCUGGUCCUACCGCUGCUCUCCCGUGAGGUCAAGAUCCGCUGGCUGCCCGGUAACCCCCGCGACAACCUGACCGACUACGUGAUCGUCAACCGGGCCGAGGGGAGCGACACGAAGACGGUCAGCCGGAUCGACCCGGAGUACAACUCCUUCACUCUCAAGGACCUGAAAGAAGAGACCGCGUACUUGGUCUACGUCAAAGCCGCCAUAGGCAACGUCCGGAGUCUGAGUAGUGCCACGUUGGAGUUCACAACACCGAGAACGGACGACGAUCCGCUGGAGAUUGAAAACAAACUGAACGCCUCGAAACACGUCUACUCGCUGAUCAUUGUGUUCUUCCUGUGGGUAUUCCUGGUCGUGCUGUGCGUGAAAUACUGGGGAGUGGUGAACAAACUCAGAAGCCAGGUCACUCGCAUGGAGGUCACCGCUGAUGGCGCUCUCAUAGAAAAAGAACAGUUUGAGCGUUGAAACCUCUAUUAAACUUCGGACUUUCGUUGAAUUGAACAACUUGUCCGAAGGCGUACUACCUUUUGCUGUGUUAUCUGCACCUUGACUUCUUCUUCGCAGCUGCUUGUUGUAAUGACGACUGCACCAGACUAUACUUCUUCAGUUUAUAUCAGCCGAUACAGUAAUUGUUUGAAGUUAUGAUCGCCAACUUCAGGUCGGUGAAAAUUUUUAAGAUCAGAAAAUCUUUACUAGGCGAUUGUUUACUUUACUAGGCGACUUUCCGAUUUCCAUGUAUAGUUGUACAGCAAUAACGAUAAUAUGUAAAUAUAAUAGGUCUAUCUUCACGUGAAAUUUUAUUUUAUUACCUGUCACUCAUGAUACAAUUGAGAAACAUACAAUUUUGAACAUUAAAUCCAAUUCAAAAUUCGAAUAUAACCUGAAUACUUUAACGCAUCAUUAUCGAAAUCUUUAAUGGUUUACCAAAACUACAGUCGAAGCGCCCUCUGGUGGUACGAACAUUAAAGAGGGCGCUAUUAAAUAAAACCCCGAUGAGAAAUUUCCAAAGGGUAAUUGUUCUAUUUUUAUGUUUAGAUUUGACAUUUGAUAGCAAGCCAGUCAGGAUGGCCGAGCGGUCUAAGGCGCUACGUUCAGGUCGUAGUCUACUCUGUAGGCGUGGGUUCGAAUCCCACUCCUGACAAUCGUCUUUUUGUGUAAAUUUUGUUUUUACCAAUGUAAUUUCAAAAGCUAUGUUAUGGUGAAUAUGGGUCGGUCGGCAUUGGCUCGAAUCCUUUUCCUUUUAAGUUCAGGCUGAAAAGAAUGUUAUAACAACCAAAUCUGUAAGUGUUAGUAUAGUCAAGUAUGUUUCGAAUCUCUACCUUUAAAGUUAUUUUUUUUUAACUGUUACCGUAUUUCAAGGGUAGAGAGAACGAUUUCCCGAUGACCGUGAACGGUUUUUUUCCCCCGGGCCGGCCCUGCAUACGCUAUAGAAUUAAAAUAACAACCGCCUUAAAGGUUUACUUAAUUAGUUUAGCUUUAGAAACCUUCAGAGACAAUGUUCAACUCAGGACAACCAGUCAGGAUGGCCGAGCGGUCUAAGGCGCUACGUUCAGGUCGUAGUCUACUCUGUGGGCGUGGGUUCGAAUCCCACUCCUGACAAAGUAAUUUUUUUAAAAGAAUUUUAUUUGGGUAAUUUUACAUCGAAAUUCAAUUUGAUUUUGCAAUUCUCACGUCCUGCAUGCAAGUCAGGAUGACCGAGCGGUCUCAUGAGGCGCUUCAUUCAGGUCGUAGUCUACUGUCUUGGCGUGGGUUCGAAUCCCACUCCUGACAAUUUUUGUUUUUUUUAAAGAGGGUAAUUUAACCUCAAAAGUCAAUUUGGUUUUGCGAUUCUCACAUACUGCAUGCAGGUCAGGAUGGCCGAGCGGUCUAAGGCGCUACGUUCAGGUCGUAGUCUACUCUGUAGGCGUGGGUUCGAAUCCCACUCCUGACAAUACUUUUUUUAAAGUGGGUAAUUUAACCUCAAAAGUCAAUUUGAUUUUGCGAUUCUUACAUCCUGCAUGCAAGUCAGGAUGGCCGAGCGGUCUAAGGCGCUACGUUCAGGUCGUAGUCUACUCUGUAGGCGUGGGUUCGAAUCCCACUCCUGACAAUAUUUUUUUUAAAGUGGGUAAUUUAACCUCAAAAGUCAAUUUGAUUUUGCAAUUCUCACGUCCUGCAUGCAAGUCAGGAUGGCCGAGCGGUCUAAGGCGCUACGUUCAGGUCGUAGUCUACUCAGUAGGCGUGGGUUCGAAUCCCACUCCUGACAUUUUUUUGGUAUUCCCUGAUCGAGGUUCCAAGGAUAGAAGCUUACAUUAAACCUUUUCUCUUUUGUUUUUGGGCUCGUUUGUUUUAUAAGUUUGUUUAUUUUUUGGCAUUUUGCAGUUUAAAAAUAUUAAUUAUGAUGUACAGAAUUAGUCUCAAUAUUAUACAAUGUAUAUAUAUUGCAAGGACUAACUGCCUUGUUUGAGAGACUCAAGUUCAGCUUUGAAGAUUGGGUAGAUCUAAAACCAGAAUAUCGAGAAAAGAUAUGUGUACAGGUGAGUAAAAAAAGAAGGAAACCCAUAUGGCG